CACUUGGAACAUUAGUCAGAUUCACGUCGCGCUAGGGAUGUCCGUCGCCUCUUCUCAUUGAGCACAUGCGCUAAUACGGAUGCAGCAAGAGAUGUGUGUUGAAUAAUUUGGCAUCACUGUCAGACAGGGGUAGGAGUCGACCACACCAGAUUAAAACAAGGGUGGGGAUUGAGAACGAUCAUUCUGUUGUUUGGACUGGAUACAGAGCUGCGCAUCCUUUCACUCCAACGGGAGUCCAGACCGCAUCACGAGGUGGGACACAACGUCCUUUGAAAAGAUCACAUAUCUGUCACACUAACCAGCAGCUGAAGGUUAUCUAACAGUUUUACUCGAAAGAUUACCUGAUAAAGAAGAAUGGGACCCUUUCAAGCAUUUGAGGUAAAGUCAUCAGAGAAGGGAAGAAUGCGCAGCCGCAUCCCCCGUCCCGUCUUCCACACCUUGUGUCCAAAAGUAAAGGAAUCGGCUGUCUCCACCAUGCUAUUGUCAGAAGAGAGCCGCACGGAUUUCGACAUUAGCUCACAGCACUCUAAAAGAACCAUCAGUCCCAACAGCCUGUCCUCAGAUGAUACUGGAUGCCCAAGCAGCCAGUGUCCAUCUCCAGCCAAGACCCCCUCGAGUUCUGAAAACAGCCCACUGGGUUCACCCUCUCUGGGAGAGCUCAAGGUCAAAGUGAAGAGAGUCAGGAUGAAUGUAGUGGCCGACUGGAGUGCACCUGCACAGAAACAUAAGAGGGAAUCCAAACAACAUAACUCCAUAAUGCAUAAAGGCAGCGAGACCGAUUUCAGCUCAUCCAGUAGUGCUGGAAGCUAUAAGACACAUGAGGUUCUCUCCAACUCCACAGGGAAAAACGUGUCUUCUCGUAGUCGCGGGCCCCACAUCAGGAGCCUGCCUGUGUUUAAGCCAGCAGGAAGCCCCUCCGCCCAAUAUAAUGCAGAGCUCUAUGCCCCUUACCGGACGCCACCAAAACCCCCCUCCGUCACCAACAGCAGUGGCAGCUCCACCAGGAGAAGAACCACUCCUGUGCGUUAUCAUUCCUGCGGAGACAAUCACGGCAUCAAGCCGCCCAACCCGGAGCAGUACCUUACCCCUCUGCAGCAAAAAGAGGUAGCCAUUCGCCACCUCAAAUCCAAGCUCCGAGACUCUGAGCACACAGUUUGUGACCGAGAGGCUGAGAUUGUUGAGCUGAACGCCCAGCUGGGACGCAUGCGAGAAGACUGGAUCGAGGAAGAAUGUCACCGUGUGGAGGCCCAGCUGGCUCUUAAGGAGGCGCGCAAGGAGAUCAGGCAGCUUCGCCAAGUGGUGGAAACCAUGAAGAACAGUUUGAUGGAGAAAGACAAGGGCAUCCAGAAGUAUUUCAUUGAUAUAAACAUCCAAAACAGGAAACUGGAGGCUUUGCUUCACAGCAUGGAGUUGGCUCAAAGCGGCUGUAACUUGCAAGAUGAGCCAACUCUAGACUUCCUCUGUGAGUGUCCGGAUAGAUACGCCGCAGGCGAACUAGAAAUGGAGCUGCAGGUUGAGGAACAAGCAGUGGAGGAGAUGGCUGAUAGUGAGCUCCUGAUAAAUGACGAAAUGGCCAACGGGGCAGAGGUUCUCGAGCUGGUUCUCACGUCCACCGCUGUCGAUUCUAGUGAGGAUAGGGACAUCAAGAUCAUACCCCAACUAGGACUGUCAACCCUAGAGCAGAGCAUCUCAGACAAAAGCACAGAGGAGCACAUCUCCAAAGAGGAAAGAUGUGUCCAGACCGAUGAGAUUAUCUACACCCAUGAUCUCCAAGCCCUCCUUCUCCAGCUGCUGAAGCUUCAGGGGAAUGGGCUUUCUGGACCGCUCAUUCCUUCCUCAUCCCAACAAUCCCAGAAAUUGCAGAUUUCACAAGAUCCUGUAUCCGUAAACGAGGAGAUGCCCGAAGCACAAGAUGAAAUUAAAGAUAUUGGCUUCACAUGCACCAACACUGCUCCGAACACAAUCUUUACCCCUGAAAACCCAAGUGUUUCCGCUCUGUGUUUUUGCGAGCCUCAAAUGAAUCCCCAGUUCAUGGAAGAUCUUGAUUUUGACCAGAAGACCAAAAACGCCACUAUUAUGGCCGUAGUGGCAAAAAACCACUGGAGCAACAGCUUUCUGGUCGAUCUGGUUGCCGUAGCAGCGCCUGUACUUCCAACGGUGGCGUGGCUGUACUCGCAACAUGGUUUGGUUGGAGGGGCUCCCGUAUACAACAUCGCAGCUUUGAUUCGGGGCUGUUGCAUUAUGGGUUUGCACUCGCUUCGACAUGUUUCACACGGGUCAGACACUUAGAGGUCCUUACUCACAAAUAUGGCUUGUCCAUCAUAAAGAGCACUUAAGUCACCUUAAUGUAGAGGCCGUGUUUUGGUACACCUGUGAUAAUAGGCAUACACGUCUUUUUGUUUUUAGUCACGAAAUUCCUAAAUUGCACAGUGUAUCUUUGCCUAGAGUUGCGGCACAGAGGAUGAAUUUCAAGGGAUGUAAAGGGAUUCGCGUUUUGUCUUUUUUUGUUAUUACUUGCCUGUGUUUUUGUGUACAUGUAAUGUAACAUAAAUUAUUUUGCAUUAUCUAAUCAGGUUAUGUUGCUAAAGUCUUGUUCUUUGCUGACUGUGCUGUAACCUGCUUUUUAUACUGCGGAAACAGGGGUUGACUGUCAGUUAGCCAUUGUUUUGUUGUAGUUAAAAUGUCACUAGUACCUUCUGCCAACGCCUAAAUGUGUUCACAGUUUUGUUAGUUGUAAAUGUAUUUCUCUGCUUGGAGUUAGAGCUUUUACAUGUUGCUCCAUUUACUAACAUUGUCCAGCAGCUACCCCAGUACAGCGAACACUUGUUUUGUGCCUGAGAAAUGUGCAAUAUUUUUGUUUAUAUCAUUUGUAUCCGUAUAUUUAUUAUUAAAGCAUGGAAAUCCCUA